AUUCUUCCAGGAAGUGGCUGCCUUGUUAAAAAUUUAUUUUGCAGGCUCCUAGAUUUUCACUGAAGCAAAACUGGAGCAUUACAGAUUGAAAACCACCUUCUUCCUUGGAGUUGAGGCAGGGGUCCUGCUUCAGUAUGAGAAGAGCUACCUCUGUGUUCUGUUGCUUUAUCGUGCUUUCUCUAACACAGGGUGCUCUGAAAAAUGGAAUUCCAAACAGAGAUGAUGAAAAUGGUAUUCAAACAGUCUGUGGGCAGGUAGUGAAUCAGAAUCGUAUUGUGGGGGGAGAAGAUGCCUCUCUGAAUGCUUGGCCAUGGCAAGCCAGCCUCCAGUAUGAAGAGAAGCAUGUCUGUGGAGCGACCCUCAUCAGCUCUGAAUGGUUACUGACGGCAGCCCAUUGCUUCCCUAAGAAUGCAGAACUCUCUAAAUACCAAGCCAAUCUGGGAAACUACCAGCUUUUGCAUCCAGAACCAAAUACUGUGUGGCUGAGAUUGUCCCAAGUGGCUGUGCAUGAGAACUAUGUCAGAGAGGGAUCCAGCGGGGACAUAGCUCUGGCUCAGCUAGAGCAACCUGUCCAUUUCACCCAAAGUAUCCUUCCAGCCUGUCUCCCUGAUGCCAAAGUCCAUUUUUCAAAGGACACCCUUUGCUGGGUGACAGGGUGGGGAUCACCUGCAUAUGGAGCCACUCUGGGAGAUCCUAAAACAUUGCAGCAGGUCCAGUUGCCACUGAUAGAUACCAUGACCUGUGAUGCACUCUUUCACAUUGGUACGAAUAUUAGUCCCACCAUCAGAGAGAUCCAGGAUGACAUGUUCUGUGCUGGCUAUGCUGAGGGGAAAAAAGAUGCUUGCUUGGGUGACUCUGGAGGUCCAUUAGUCUGCCAAGCAGAUGGUGCCUGGUUUGUUGCAGGCAUUGUAAGCUGGGGUGAUCUUUGUGGCCUCUCCAACCGCCCAGGAGUUUACACCCGUGUUAAUUUUUAUCAAGACUGGAUUCAGACUCAUUUCCCUCAGGUGCAAUUUGGUCUUGUGAAUGUCACUUAUUACCGAGUUACUUCAUCUCAAGCUGCCUCAAGCCAAGUCCUCAAAAAUUUCAGUUUCGUCCUGCUUCUGAUCUCCUGUUUAAUCAUCAUUUUCUGAGACAGAUUGGGAAUCGGAUGUUCUGGUGCUUUUAUUUACCAAACUGAGAUUUUAUGGGAAAAUAAGUCUUAACCAAAGUCUCCUUGCAACAGCAGCAUCUUCCACUAAAAAGACAUUUAUGGAGGUUUAUGGAAACACCAGCAGCUUCUAUCCUUGAUGCGGCAUUAGAACUCCAUUUCUCCCAAAUGAAUGGAUUAUGAAAUGUGGAGUUUUUUUUAAUCUUCCAUCAAGUUCGACCAUAGAAUAUUAUGGAUUUCUAGGGCAUUAGAGAUGUGGAGAAAUAUUUUAUUGGUGAGAGAGUGAGAUUUCUUCAUUUUGUUCUGUUCAUUUAACUCUCUGAAGGAGAACAAGGGCUCUCAUAUUUGUUCCUUAAAGGUGCCAUUCAUAUAACUUCAAGAAUAUAU